GAGGCGGGGCCAGCCCCAGGGCCCGCCGCGACCUCGCAGGCGGCGCGGCGCGCCCCGCCGAGGCAGCGAACUCCGCCCGGCUCGGCCGCCAGUCGUGCCGCCGCGGCCGGCGAGGAGGCGAGCCCGUGGCCAGAGGCGCCCCGGCGGCGGAGCCAGGCCCUGCUGCGCCACGUCGAGCGCGUGGGCGCCGUGGAGGAGUGGGGCCCCGGCGUCGAGGAGCUCCUCGAAGGCCUCGCCCCCGAGCCCCCCGUGGCCUUCGCCAGCGGCUGCGGCGCACCCUUCGCGCGGCGGGAGGCGGCGCCACUGGGCGGCGGCAGCCGCAGCGGGGAC